AUGAGUGUUCGGGAGUACAGUCUUUAUUUUAAUUCAUUUGCUAGGUAUGCUCCAGCUGUUGUAGCUGACAUAGGAGAUCGUAUUUAUCGGUUUGUGAGUGGAUUGGGAACACACUUGAUUGAUGACUGCAUGAAGGCCUCACUUCAGACAGGUAUGGAUAUUUCCCACACCGAAGAGCAUGCUCAUAAUCUUAAGGAGUGUAAGCAGCAGCGGAGGGCUGAGCGUGAGCAUGAUAGGGGUCAGAGUAAGAGAGCCAGAUCCUCAGGAUUUGCUAGUGAGUUCAAAAGUGCACAGAGUUCCAGGGCUUCCAGUUCCCAGAUUAGGAGUGGUUUUAGUCAGAUGAGGCCAUCCCUACCGCGAUGUAUUCAGUGUGGAAAGUUACAUGUUAGGCAGUGCUGCUUGGGUUCAGAUGGUUGUUAUACUUGUGAUCAACUAGGCCAUAUGAUGCUAGAUUAUCCCUUGAGAGGUGGAGGAGGUGUAGUUCAGCCGACAGGGUCUAUAGCUGGUUCUUCGACAUUUGUACACCCUCCUAGGUAG